AUGGCGCUGUCACAGGCUUCGAAUAUCAAGACGAGAUGUAUAAGCUUAUGGGAGCAGAGAGAUUGCACGACCUUUGUCGUCUUCAUCGUAUGUGCUGCAAUGUGCGUGGACGGCGCGAUAUUCGGAGUCACCGCUCCAGUCCUUCCCUUCCUGAUCCAAGAUGAAGCAUACGUGACCAAAGACAAAGCUCCAAGAACAACCGCCCUCCUCAACGCCGCCUUCUCCGUCGCCGACCUAAUCAGCGCCCCUCUCUGCGCCCUCUACGUCGACCACACACACUCCCACCGCACCGCCUGGUCCUUUGGCAUCCUGCUGCUCAUCACCGGCACCCUCCUCUUCUGCCUCUCGACCAACCUGCUCAUGCUGAUCUUCAGCCAGGUCCUCCAAGGCGCCUCCUCAGGCACCAUAUACAUCAUCUGCCUAGCCAUCCUCGCCGAGUCCGUGAAUUCGCGCAUACUCGCAAGAUACAUCGGCCUGGCGAUGAGUUGUAGUGGGCUCGGACAAGUUGUGGGGCCAGUGGUGGGGGGUGUCAUUUAUCAAGAGGUGAGUAAUGGGAAGGGCGCGGUCACGGGGUUGGGCAUGGGGUUGGCGGGGGUGGGGGUUAUUUUGGUUGUGUUGAUGAAAAAGAAGGAAAGAGGGACGAAGAGGGAUGGGAGCGUUGUUACCAUCAACAGCUCUACACAUCUAACCAGUCCUCCUGCUGUCGGUGAAAAGACAUCCCACGAAUCCUCUCCUCCGACAAGUAUCUCCGCCGCGCCAGCCAUGCCCACACCACCCCGUAUCUUCCGCUGGAAACACGUCUGGCACCUCGUCACAUCUCCCCGCUUACUCGCCGCCAUCUACGGGAUAUUCGUCUAUGAAUUGUACGUCCCCCCCCACUUUACCCCCUCACAUCCAAAUUCCAUCCUAACGACUCAAAAAGCAUAA